UGCCCAACUGAUGGGGAGAUGGCGGAUGCCCAGAACAUUUCGCUGGACAGCCCAGGGAGUGUGGGGGCUGUGGCUGUGCCUGUGAUCUUUGCUCUAAUCUUCCUGCUGGGCACAGUGGGCAAUGGGCUGGUGCUGGCGGUGCUGCUACAGCCUGGCCCCGGUGCCUGGCAGGAGCGGGGCAGUACCACGGAUCUGUUCAUCCUCAACCUGGCAGUAGCCGACCUCUGCUUCAUCCUGUGCUGCGUGCCCUUCCAGGCCGCCAUCUACACGCUGGACGCCUGGCUCUUUGGGGCCCUGGUCUGCAAGGCCGUGCACCUGCUCAUCUACCUCACGAUGUACGCCAGCAGCUUCACGCUGGCUGCAGUCUCCGUGGACAGGUGCGCAGUGCCUGGGCUGGGCGGGGCCGGGCCAGGGAAGGAAGACGCGGGACUCGAGGCCCGCCCGGGCCACAGACCCCAGAGCCGGGGCGUGGCUGCGGGUCGCGGCGGGGAGGGCGCCCAGCCUCGGGCCGCGCUGACCCGUCGUCCGCCCGCAGGGACCUGCAGAACUGAGCUCUGUCUGGGCCAGAUCCUGUUCAAGGCACUGGGGAUGCAUCCAGAAGCAAACCGCCUGGGUUGCUCCCCGUCUGCUGCCAGCUUUAUGCAAUGUUUCAAGGGCUUCCCCAAGCAGAUCCUCGUCUCCAUUGAAGCCCUCACAAUCCAGCUUCUGGAGAUGGCUUGUGACCCCUUCCUCGAAUGA